AUGGAAAAGGAAGGCAACGUAUAUGUGACACGUGACCAUGCCAAGCUUUCAAUCCCCAAGAAAAAAGUCGCUCCGGAUCUCAGCAUUGCCAACCCCAGUUUCCAAUUCGGAGACAAUCACACCAUGAUGCUUCCCAGGCUUUUGACGCCUCUCCGGUCUUUGGGCAGAGCAAUCUCCUGCCCAUCAGCACAAUUAACUCGCCUACCGCAACAAUCAACACCACAAUUACUACCGCGGACGUUCUCCGCUUCGACAACUCCCUCAAUUCUCACGAACCUUCCCCGAUUCUCUCUCUCUCUCUCCCAGGUACGAUACGCCUCCCACUCUGCCCAAGGAGCCGCAAACAAACACUCCCGUGACCCCGCCGGAAAACGACUCGGCGCGAAACGCACAGGCGGCGAGUACGUUGUCCCGGGAUGCAUCAUCUUCCGACAACGUGGGACCAAGUGGUGGCCCGGCGAGAACUGCGCCAUGGGACGUGAUCACACCAUCUACGCUACGGAAUCAGGAUACGUGCGCUACUACCUUGACCCGGAGCGUCACCCGGACCGGAAGUACAUCGGUGUUGUCUUUGAAAAAGACGGAAAGCUGCCUACGCCAAGGAAUGCGCCGACGCGCCGCAAGUUGAACCGGGUUGCCGUGCCCAUGAUGACGCAGGUUGAGGAAACUCAGUCGGAUCUGACGGUCGUCACAGGUGACAACGUUGGGACGGUCGUUGGGGCUGUCGCGAGUGUGGAUGCUGGCGCUGGCACGCAGCUGCGCCCUGGAUACAUGUGGCGCGAGGCGAACUGGCAGAUCGGUCGUGCUGCUGAGAAAGCGGGAAUUACUGCUAGGCCACACAAGCGAAAGAACAGAUGGCUGGCUUGGAGAAAGAGACAGGCUAGGGCCGAGAGGGCUGCCCAGAUGAAGAGCUUGAAGAACAAGAAGAAGUCGUCAAAGAAGGCCAAGCGAUGA